UCGCAUAUGUCAGUGCAGAUAUGCAAUUCGCCGCCUAGCGCCUUCCAACUUGCUAAAUUCUCGGAGUUAAGAUUUAUUGCAUAUUUUGGUUAAUUUCUUACCAUUUAUCAGGAUACAAUAUAAACUUUAAGUAACUAAAGCUAAUAAUUUGGAAUAUAAGAAUUAUUCAAUCCAAAUGACGAGGUCAAAUAUCGAGUUGGGCGAUGUAACGCCACACAAUAUCAAGCAACUGAAAAAGCUCAACGCUGUUGUGUUUCCAGUCUCGUACAACGAAAAAUUCUAUAUUGACGUCCUAGAAGCAGGUGAAUUGGCAAAACUAGUGUACUACAAUGAUAUCGUAGUGGGCGCUGUAUGCUGCCGCAGUCACACUUCGGAGAAUCAACGGCGCCUCUAUAUUAUGACUUUAGGCUGUUUAUCGUCGUAUCGACGGCUUGGAAUCGGUACUGUGAUGUUCCAACAUAUUCUCAACUAUGCCGAAAAAGACGGCAAUUUCGACAGCAUUUUCCUGCACGUGCAAAUCAAUAACGAGGGUGCUAUAGCGUUCUACAAGAAAUUUGGUUUCGAAAUUGUGGAAACCAAGGAACAUUAUUACAAACGAAUUGAACCUGCGGACGCAUAUGUAUUGCAAAAAACAUUGCGAAAUACAAAUAGUAAUACCAGCGGUGGGAAUAGUAUUCACAAUCACAGUAACGGGCAUUUGGACAAAAAAGAUAAGAAAGCAUAAGCAGUUUGCGAGAAAACAAUUUGCGUUGGCCAAUACUGUUUGCUUGUAGCAGUUUUAGUUAUAUAUACAAAACAAAAAUAAAAUCAAUUAUCUAAAUGACGAA